AAUCUGGUAGCUCAGUCCCCCUUCACCUCAGUGGAAGCACUCAACCCUUCAGGCUCAGCGCAGCCAAAUUUUGCCAGUGUGUUUGGUGGCACCCUGGCUCCUCGCCCGACCGCCCCGCCGCCGCCCCACCAUGUCAGCACUACCCACGGCCUCAGGGGCCUCAGGAGGACUUCGAGAGGCCAUGAGCUGCGAUGUGUGCUCUGAUGUGUACGAACAGGUCCUGCGCACACCACUCGUGCUGCCCUGUGGCCACACCUUCUGUCGUGCGUGUCUAACCGACAUCAGAAAGUCAGGUCGCUUCCAUUGCCCUACCUGCAGGGCGGGACACAACAACCUGCAGGUUGAGGCGCUCACCGUCAACUACUCCCUGCUCAAUAUUUUGCCUCUUUGCAACCAGUUUGAGUGUGACAAGUGUGCCACUCAUGGAGACGACCUCCGGUACUGGUGUGCCAACUGUGACCUGCCGCUGUGCAGCAUCUGCCUCUACUCGGGCCACCCUCAGGGCCACACUGUCAAACUGGCCCAGACAUUUGUUACGGAGAAAAAACAAACUCUUGAAGAAAAAAUAAAUGUGAUCUUCAGAAACAUUGAGGGUCAUAAAAAAGGUUUAAAGGCAGAUUUCAAUGUCUUAGACAAACGAGUGAAAAAGCUUCUUUACAGGAAUGCCUGCUUACAAAAUAUUGAGGGGGCUCUUCGGGACCUGCUGGCUGAUGUCAAGAAGGCGAACAACAUUACCUCAGUACUGUAUUUUGAAAAGUCGGUGGGAGAGUUCCACCUAAAGGAAAAGAACUUCUCUGGUGGGAUAGAGGCACAUUCUGGUAAGACUAAAGACUCGGAAGCUGCACUUAAAGAAAAGUCUAAUAGUAAAGAGGCUGAAGAAGCUGAAGGUGAACAUCCAGAAGCAGGUGAGGCUGAGGCUGCAGGUGCUGAGGCUUGUCAGCAGCAGCAGCAGUCACCAAGCCAACCAAAAGGUGAAUCAGCAGAGGAGUCACAAGAACUAACAGACGAGGCACAAGAGACAGCAGAGGAGUCAGAAGACACAGCAGAGGCCCCGCGCGCAGUGAUGGACUACCGCGACGGUCGCCUGCUGCUCCACACGCUGGCCGAGCCCGCCACCACGAGGCUGUCCCUGCAGGUGCCACGCGAAGUGUUCCUGGAGCUGGGUGUGGGUGACAGGUGCCUGGGUCGGGUCUACAUCAGGCUUUUCGGACAGCUGCGCCAGGCACAGCAAUUCAUGGCACUCUGCAUGGGCACGAUGGGACCAUCUUUCCUUGGGACCAGAGCCUCUGAGAAAGUGAGGAAUAUCAUCGUCUUUAAGUCUGCUGUGGAUAGAAACAGUCAGUCAUUCGCACAAGGCCUUCUGAUGGGUCUUGAGUGGGGCGGUCAACAUUCCAUGACAGAAACUGAGGGUCUUGUAGCAGGAAUGGCUGGAAACAAUGGGACUGCCUUUGGUAUCUGCACCCAAGGGCAGACCAAUGCUGGAAUGCAUGCUCCAUUCGGUGAGGUGGUCGCCGGCCUCGAGGUGGCGCAGGAUGCCUUCCAGCACAACCCAAUCACCGAGGUCACCAUCACUCGGUGUGGCCUCGUGCUGCCCGGCCUCUCGCAGUAACACACUCAGAUGCUCAUAGAUUCAUGUGAUGACAUUGUUUGUCUUAAGACGCAAGUGGCUGUUACAGAAUUUCAAUGGCUAAUAGUGCAUUAACUCUAGAGAAAAUUCGCUCGUAUAUUUUUCUUGCAGUUUUUGUAGUUUUUAGUUCUUAAGAUGUAAUGGGUAUAAUAUUAAUCCAAUAUUUUCUACACUUGAAAAAUAUAACACAAGGUGCAAAGGGAAAUUAACAGAAAAUAAACGCAAUUACACAGUAAAAAAACUUGUCUCA